AUGUACACCAAGGUCUUAAUCUUCUUGUGCGCUGCAGGCAUUGCCUCCGCCGGCAACUUACUGCACGCAGCUCCACUUACCUACAGUGCACCCGUUUCAUCUGUAUCUUAUUCAUCCCAGACGACAGCCCACGCUGCCCCAGUAGUAGCUAAAACAUACGCAACAUACGCUGCCCCAGCCGUUGCUUACCAAGCUGCCCCCGCGUACACAACCUACAGUACCGCACCAGCCUACUCAACAUACCAUGCUGCUCCCGUAGCUGCUGUCAAAACUUUAUCUCCGGCAGUAUCUUACUCAUCUGUGUCUCAGUCUAAGACUGUCUCCGCUCCCGCUGUAGCGACCUACGCCGCUGCUGCUCCCGCCGUUUACGCUGCCGCUCCAGCUUACUCCACCUACCAUGCCGCUCCAGUAACCACCGUCAGCAAGACCUUAUCGCCAGCUGUAUCUUUCUCUUCAGUCUCUCACUCCAAGACCGUGUCCGCACCUGCAGUCGCUACAUACGCAGCUGCUCCCGCUGUAUACGCUGCCGCUCCCGCUGUUACCACCUACCACGCCGCCCCCGUUGUUGCUAAGACCAUCGCUGCCCCUGCAGUGUACGCUUCCGCCCCUGUCUACCACGCUGCUGCAGUUGCUGCGCCCGCUGUUGCUUACCACUCAGCACCAGUCGUCAAAUCAGCCAUCACUUACUCAGCCGCCCCAGCUGUAUCCCACGUCUCCUACGCUGGUCUUGGUGCUAGCUACGGCUGGUAA